ACUUCGUUCGUACCUUCUUGGCUUAGACUUCCAACUGAACUUACUUUAUGGCCUUGCCGCCCGCCGCUAGCAGAAGCUAAGCGCUUGAAAAGCGCGCUAAGAAACGUAGCUUCUGUCGGCCUUUCUGUGCAACAGUCCACUAAUAGCGGAAGAGAGGGUUACCGUACAUACAAGACUCUUCCAGUUCUUACUAGAUAGAAGAAAUUAUUAGAUAGAUAAGGAGUAGGUGAGUGAGUGAGUCCUCACUGACCUGAGCGAUUUCGAUCACCUAGCAGGCCUUUUAUUUGGUAGGUAACAUCGCCGAAGCGUAUCAUCAGAUUUGACUACGAAGGAAGGAACUCGAAGUGAGACGGCAUCAUCUUGUGCAACGCAACGAUAGUUGGCCCUCUAUCAUCUUCUAUCCGGUAGACUUGGUAAAAGGGCCCCGACUUAUUUCCAGAAUUAGAGUUCGACCGCAGCUGCCCGGGGGGAUAAAGUUCCUUGCCAACUAUCGACCUCGAUCUCUUUUCAUUUGUUUUGGGUAUUACCAAACCUAGCCUAGCCUUCGUCAAUCACACUAAAGCAGAGCACCCAACUAUGGCAAGGCCCCCUUAAAGGUUAGGUUAGUCAAUCCAGCCCGAGACGCGUUCGUUGACAAAACCGCCGUAGGAAUGGAGACCUUUCAAUAGAGCGGAGGCGAACUGAUCAACGAGAAAGAGGCCCUACUCACUACAAACGAAUACACCACAAGAUCGAACUGUACUCAUGCCUCUCCCGCAUCAAGUUGACCGCCCCCCCUACGUAGUGAUUCUAUCAAUCAUGUACGUAGGUAGGGCCCUCCAUUCUUCUUGGUAUAUCAUGAAAAAAGAAAGCCAUUUGCACCAGGCGCACUGCGCUUUCCCUUGCCCAGAAGUUCGCCUUUCUAAGUCAAGUAAUGGUGACCCGCCGAAGACUGGAGCCUCGUAAUAUGUUGACGAAGACCUUCGAACUGAGGGUUCGAUCAGUAGAGGGGACGACUUUGCCUCCCCGGAAGAAGAAUAGCCCCGCUCUCUAGCCGACUGAUCCCGUUGAUCAUAUAACUGGGAGGGAACGUGUCACAUUAGAGGUGAACGAUCAGAGAUGUCCUCUAAUCACCACGAUGAGGCCGGUCCCUCUUUUAGUAGACUCAGCUAUGAAUAUGAAUGAAGAAAUGAAUGCCGGGCUCUUUCUUUCACUGCUAACCCCAAGAAGUUUCUGAAUGCUGAUACUUUCUGUUUCGUCGAGCCCCGAGCGUCCUCCUUUGGGUGUGAGUUCAAUUGGAUGAAUCCGUCAAGUCAAGGUCAACGUACGUAGCAGCAAGGAUGGCGCAUCGCCUAUUUAUUUAUCGUUUUCGCUCGGGAGCCAAAACGAACACGCCUGCUACCUACUGUACUGGACCUUCGACCAGGCAUUCUACCCUUGUCGAAUCGGAACCAACCACCACUGCAUUGCGCUCGAACAGUUGAGC